AAUUCAGUGUCGUGUCGCGUGCACUGCAAACAGGAUAUAAUUUUGUUCGCCACGUACAAACCCGUGAUCCACCUCCGUUGUUGCCGCCGUUUCCGAGCGUAUUUACACCACAAAAAUACGAUUUCCACAUAAUAUAAUUAAAUAAUACCGAAAUGUUAUUGCGUUUCCAUCAUUUCGUCCUCGUGCAUCCACCGUACAAUAAUAAUUGUUAUAUUAUAUAUUAAAAUUUUAAACGUAAUGCAAAUAUACAUUAAAAUAUCGUAAGAAUCAUUUGUUUUAAUUAACCUCAUCCAUUCGUAUAUUUAAAGCCAUAUCUACACCACUACGGAUUGUAAUACGCUACAAUUAUCGUCGAGAUCAAAAUUUUAUCGAGUCGUCUUAACACGGAGCCAUUAUUUGUAGUUUGGAUUUUUGUGUUUGUAAUGUCAAUACACAUUUACUGUACGGGUUCUUAAGAUGGCUUCGUUCAAUGGAUAUAAUGCAUUUAUCAACUUCUGCGGGGUUCAUCGAUAAAAGAUCAUCUUAAAGUACGAUUAAAAAACAUAUUGAUAAUGAAAAACUGCUUCAGUCUGCUCGGCGUACUAAGCUGUUGGUACAUAUUUACGUCAGAAAUGGUGCAAUCGGAUUCCGGAACUUCUACAAAAGGUAGAAUAGAUCAUUGCAAUAAGACUGUUGAUAUCUAUGAAGAUAUUACUAGCCCGGAAGUAACGUCAUCGAAUUUUGGCAAACCACUUUAUUGUUCGUACAGAUUUCGUUCAUUUAAAGGAACGCCUAAGGACUAUAUUCUUCGAAUUAGAUUUAAAAAAUUUAAAUUUGGAGUAUUAGUCAAUGGAACAUAUUGUCAAGGAGGAUACAUGCAGAUACUUGAUCAUGCGGGCAAAGGUAACGCUGCAACAAUUACAUCUAAAAAAGAAGUGCCAGGAUCAUAUUGUGGUGAAAUUGAACAGCCACAAACAUUCUUGUCGGAAACGAGUUCAGUUAGAGUUAUUUUUCAGACAAAUAACUUUACAGAUCAAACUUAUUAUAGUUUCGAUUCAAGAGCUGAACAAGAAACUCAAGUUUACUUACGAUAUGGACAGCAUCCGGAACUUUAUCCAAAUAGAAGAGGCUUGUUGAACCCUGGGAGCUAUUGUGAUAGGACAUUUAAAGAAUGUCGACUGCAAACGUGUUAUGUCCAAAGUCCAGCGUACCCAGGAGUGUAUCCAAGAAAUCUGAAGUGCAAUUAUUGGCUGAACACUAAAAAUCCAUUUAUCCGUCUAUACAUACAAAACGAAGAAUUUAAUGUGGACGGUCAGCGUUGUGAAAAUAUAAUCACAUGCCCCAUGAGGCCGAUCACUUCAGGAGCUGAGUAUUGUCCAUAUGAUUAUAUAAAAAUCUAUGAUGGUAAAAAUGCAUCUAGUCCAGAAAUUGGAACUUUUUGUGGAAUGGGAAAAUUUCCCCACUCAAUUGUUGGUACGAGUGAAGAUUUAUUUGUGGAGUUUGUUACAUCAACUGCAGGCCCACUUUUAAAUACUGGCUUUCAUUUUAACGUUGGUAAUAUACCCGGUCACAUGCAGACUGCCGGUGAAAAAAACGGUUCUUGCGAUUGGAUAUUAUCGAGCGAACAUUUGAGCAGAGAUCACCAUACUGAAGGAAUAUUCAUGUCGAUUGCUCACUGGUAUCCUCCACACACGUCCUGCACUUAUCAUUUACUAGGAUUGCCAAAUCAAGUAGUUCGAGUUUAUUUUCCCAGCUUUCGAGUAAAUAGUAUAGAGAGUCCUGUGACGAGCGACUGGACCGGUGAUUGUGGGGAAAGCUUAACGCUCUACGAUGCCGCGGAACCAGACGAUACGAGAAUCAUAAAAACAUUUUGUGAUACGUUUUCUAAGCCAGCUGAAAAACAUGAUUUCAUAUCGACGGGAAAUUCUAUGUUUAUCCGAUUCGAAAGCAAAACCGGUAGUUAUUCAGGGUCAUCGUUGUAUUAUUGGGCUCAUUAUGAUUUUUUCAACGACACGAAGUUUGGUACAGCUAUACCAAAUACAGUGUGCGAUGAAGAAUUCGUUAGUUGGAAACCUUCGUCAGGAUAUUUCAGAUCACCAGUGAAUACACUGGUCUACAAACGACAAGGAUCGGUUACGGAUCCUGAUGCAAAAUCUCAACCUAUCAUUUGUCAUUAUAAAUUUAUGACAGACGUACGAUUAUUCGCCCGCAUUGUUUUGAAAAUUGAGUUUAUUAAUUUUAAGGACCAUAAUUAUAGGACGCCUAUUGAAAAGGAUAACGACUGUUGGUACAGCGAACGUGACAAAUUACUGAUAUGGGAACCAGAGGAAAUCGAUGCAGGUUUUGGGCUAAACCGGACAAUUAUCAAUCAAUCGAAUACAAACAACGGUCUUUGUUUGUUCAACAAUGUUAACAAAACGAGAACGACAUCCGACUCGCAUACUGGUGAAAUAAAAUUUGUUUCGUCGGGAAACUCGUUGAAUGUCGAGUUGAAUCUAAACCCACUGCACGCGGCCCUGAGCUAUUUCAAGUACGACGUGCCGUUGUUUGAAGCUAAAUACGAAUUUGUGCACGGUCCUCUGUGUGGUCCUUCCGUCAUACAGCCGGUUGACGAGGGUGAACUCGUGUUUCCACGGUUUGACGCAAUGGGAUUUGUAGAGCCACCGAAAACGCUUGAAUGUAUUUGGGAGAUACGGGUUCGUGAGGACCGGGAUUUGUGGUUACAUUUUAACCAGGUGAACUUUGUGACAGACGACUGUCAGGAUGGCCGGCUCGAGGUGUACUUGCCUUCCAGGUCGGUGGACUACCCGUUCAUGUCGGCAUGCGGACACAAUGCCACGGCGCUCAAAAAUCUACCGCUAUUGACUUCCAAGGACGUCGAAGAGGCCGUCGACAAGUCGUCGCCAACAGCUAGCACAGAGUCUCAGCGACGGCGUCGGCAGCGGCGUUACGUCCACGUCCGAUUCGUGGGUAACGCUUACCCGCACAAGGCGCAGUUUAAGAUCGCUUGGUCCGAACUGAACCACUUGCCACGGAACCCAGACGGGACGCCGCGUGCCGCAAGGCGAACCUCUAAUGCCGACGAUGAUUGUGCGUUUUUGUGCCCGGGCGACGAACGACUGUGUCUACCAGCCCGAGCCGUGUGUAACGGCGUGGUCAACUGUCCUGGUGCCCCCAACGACGAGUCACCGACCACAUGUGAUCGGUGGAACCAUGGGUCGGUCGGGUCUGUCAACACAGGUAUAAGUGGAGACCCCGGCGCUCUAGCGGCCGUCGCGCUGUUUGCUGCUGUCACUGCGACCAUAGUAGUCUUUAGCGCGGCUCUAUUCGCGGUCAGCGCGUACUGUCAUCGCCGCCAACUUAUUCAAAGUGACCGACACACAGUGUCUGGUCGCCAUGCAAUGGCCUCGAGUGACAGAUCAACUGAUCGCAUUUAUUCUACGGACUACUAAAAACGAAUAUCAUCGGAUAAUCGUAUGAACAUUUCCGGAUCAACACCGAAAUAUCCUUAUAUAUAUACAUAAUACAUAUGUAUAUGGAUGAAUGAAUUAAUCGCACAUUAUCAUUAUCAUUUUUUUUUUAAAUUAAGUACCUAUUAACUAUGAAUGAAAACGUAUUUAUAUAAUAAUAGUGUGUACGAUACUCAAUUAUAAUUAUAUUAUCAUAUAAUAUAAAUUAAA